CAUAACACCCAUGGCACUGCUGAAUCUGUUCAUGCUCCGUUUCCACUGGGCCCUCAUCGAUGACUCGCCUCAACAACAAAUUGUCCGGAUUCGGACGUUCGUAACCUUACGGCACUGGCUCCUGAACUACUUUGGAUACGAUUUUAUGCGGUCCAAAGACCUGCGUCGGACCUUGAAUCUCCAGCUUCAAACUCUCGCAAAGCAUCCGAUCGUAAUGGAUAGCACACGCGACCAGCGAAUUGUCAGGGAGCUGAGGCGAUAUGCGCAGAGUUUGAAGAAGAUUCACUAUCGAAACAUGGCUCAACAAAAACUGGAGAGACGGACCCGCAAACAUGACGAGCAUCAUCGGCGUCUUCAAGCUAGAAGAACGUCCCCUCAGAGUCGGCGUGAAUCAUGCGUUGAAUGGCCUGCCCUCUCAACAGACGAGACCAGCAAUGAUCAUCCGAAAACUAGCCUUCAAGAUAGAACCAUGCCCCACAGGCAUUCACACAGGAGGAGCAACGAAUCCGAGCCAGUUACAGAGGAACUGACAGUGGAGUUCCGAUCGAGUGACCAGUCUGGCGACGGCGAUUCUGAUAUAGAUGACGAUUUCGAGCUGUCUUCCGACAACAAUGCGAAUUCAAGUGGUGACGACUCGGAAUACUCCAUGCUUGGAGGCGAUAAUGCGGAGGACGAGGAUUCUUCGGACGACGAAGAGAAGGACGAAGCGCAGCAAGGGCACGAUGCAGAUUCCGAGUCCGGGAGCUUUGCAAGCUGCGACGAUCAAAGCCCUUCGGGCGGAUUAUUCAUUCAGAAUGAUGCCCUUGGCACCGGCCGUCAUCUUCCUUCACCAGCAUUUUCUCCACGACCGCAAAAGUCACAGCAAGGCGAAUCAGGUUCAGGACGUUCUCGCCAAUUUACCGCGAGCGCAGUGAGUUCAGCGCCGUCACGGUUUAGAACCAGAGGAACCAGACCAGCGCUUCCAGAUUUUGAAGAGUCUAUCAAGAGCCGCACCACCAAUCUGAAUACGCCUAACUCCAGCUACCGCCAUAGUCAAAAUAGCAAUCGGAAAAGUCGCGCCAAGUCUCGUUCCAAGCCGUUGUCUAUGGUCAGCCCUGUUGUGCCAUCACUUCCUCCUCAGGCAGGGUCUCCGCUCUCGGAUCGUGGAUCAAUUCGAUCGAUAGAGCCUUACAUCAAUCCGCCUCCUCGCUCCACCGCAUCGACAGAAAAGAAAACAACGCUGUCAAAGUACAUGAGCGCUACAGUCGACCGCCUUUCCAAAAUGAAGAACGUGUUUUCCACGAACGCAAGAAAGAAUCGUAAGCACACCCUUUCGACCACAUCUACAAAUUCUGUUGGAUAUUCAAGCAAACGGACAAAUGCCAGCGGUGUUAGCCAGUCACAUUCAAGGCGGUACCGACAACGCAAUCAGUCGGAUCCAGAAGGCGACAAACUGUCUCAUUAUCUUCUUGGGUCCUGCACCGGCGCGAACAUGCUUGUGUCCUCAUCUGAGGAACGUCGACAUCCCAACCGUCGUUACGCAACGGAGAGGAAUUAUCAUAGAGAGGAAGUCGGAAGCGACUGGUCGAGCGACGACGAGUAUUCGCAGUACGAAAUGACUCGGAGGAGCAGUAGACAGUACCAUUUGAAUGACGACAACACCCCAGAGGAAUUUGAUAUCGUCGGCCCUCAGCUUUUGGAGGCGCGACUGGAGCAGGCCCAUUACCCGCCAUACGUGGAUAUCACUCCAACCAUCCUGGAGAGAGCUCGGAUAGAGGUGGGCUCCAGACAUAUCGCUGAUCAUACUGGGAGCGAUGUUGAUAACGGCUUUUGCUCUGAAUGUGAGAGGGCGAGAUAUUUGUCGGGUCCAUCGUGUCUACAUCCGUUUGCUUAUAUAGGAGCAGAUGGCAGCGAAGUUUUUGUCACUGAGAUUACCGAUGAGCAGGCGGCCGCAGUCGUUGCAACGCAGGAAGGAUCAGCAUUACAGGAAUGCCAGAACAGCUCAUUGCCACACGAGGCCGCGCCGGAUAGAAUGUUUACUUCGCAGGGUCGAAUGAUGUGGAGGCAAGACUCGCACGAUAUACUCGAACGCCUUUCUCGACGUCUCCAUAAGUCGCAGGAAUAUCUCUCCACAGUGUACAUGGGCGAAAGACCACAUCAUCCUCAAAAUGGCGCUGCGAAGUUGAGAGAACAGCUGCAAUACAUUGAGCAAUCUGUAUCAAGUCAAAUUGGACAACCGCUGGGGCAACCACUGGAGCAGCCGCUGAGACCUCUGGAAGACCGUCCAGGUCCUGAUGGGGCGAGAUCAGCAGAGAGUGUUCAUGUGCAGGAGGCAACCGACGUUCCAGCUCAGUCAGCUACGCCAUCGAUGCCUCAGCGCCAUUUUACUGGACAUCACGAGCAACAAACCCCUAAUAGUCCUCCACUUCGGCGACACUCAUUGGCUUUAGAGAGCAGUAUGGGACGGUCAACGUCCGAUAAUGAUACCACAAGCCAGAUUCCUGACAGGUCUUCACAAUCAAAAACGCCCCUCAGCGACCUUGAUCACGAUAAUACCUCGCAGCAGUUGGUUCGCGAUGAGCAUUUAGCGUCAAACUCAGGACCAUCUCACAUGCAGCCAGUAAUCGAAAGCACCGCGGCUAUUGAAAUCGAAGGCGCAAGUGUUGGUCAGUCCAGCUCAAGUGCCCAACCGUCCUCUCUGGUACUGACCCCAACGCAGCCCUUUACGACAACGGGUUUUAGCAAGGGACGGUCCAGGUCUCAACCGCACUUGUUGAGCGGUCUGUCUGCUACCCAGGUGCAUGCGCUGGCCAUCAAGUCCGAUCAGAACUCGUGUAUAGAUGAUCGCUGUCAGCACAGCCACGAAUCGCAUUCACCACACAGACUACCUACCAGCCGAAAUCGUGCGCUGACAAGCAGUACGGCACCACCUGGCCCUCUCCGGUCAAACUCAUACUUCAUUGAUGGCCACAGAUCAAGUGAAGUGCAACAACAGCGACGGCAGGGUAUAGACACGUUUUCUCAGCGCUUUCAUGAGCUGGUGACUCUGACAGCAAAGGAACCAUGCAUACCAUCUAUCGUGCUCUGGUAUCGUUCUGAGCUGAUUGCACAGCAGCUUUGCUUGAUCGAGCGAGAGCUGCUAAGUCAGGUUCAAUGGUACGAGCUUGUUGAUGCUGGCUGGACCAAGAAUGCGGCUUCGAAGGCCGACGCUAAGAAGUCCACUGUGUCCUUGGCUGAGGGUACCGAUCAUCAGCAAACCGGUCCGGAGAGGCGGGACACGGAUGAUGAAAAACGUAGCCUCAAAUCCACACAUUCCAACUGCGCAUCAACAGCCACGUCCAUAAAAAACUCCCGAAAUCUUUUACAUCAGACUUCCAGUGCAAAUAAGCGAGUUGCACGACGUGACGAAAGCAUCGGUAUCAAAAGACUUGUGGAGCGCUUCAACUUGACAUGUCAAUGGGUGGCAUCUGAAAUUGUCCGGACGCAAAACCUGGAUAUGAGGGUCAAAGUGGUUGAGAAGUUCAUCCGCAUAGCCUAUACAUGCUACAACCACUCGAACUUCAGUUCCCUAGUCCAGAUAACGGUAGCUCUUCAAACUGAGCCCGUCGAGCGCUUGACCCGGACAUGGGCUAGGGUUCGAGCCCAGGAAAUGAGGAUCAUGCGCGAUCUUGUGGAGUUUACGAUGCCUAUGCGUAAUUGGAAACACCUUCGCGAUGCGAUGAAGAACAUUGCGGAUGAGUGGGGCGGUAGCGGCAAUGGAGCGGUAGGUCCGGCUUCAGCUUCAGUCUCAACGCCACCCACGUUAUCUGAGAAGCCAAGUGGCAGUGGUAAUGGGGUCAUGUUUUUCAACAAGAAACCGUCCAAGCCGAGGUCAGGGGAAGGCGCGACAACUCCAAAAGGAACUGAAUCUACUGUGUCGGCAUUACCGUCGUAUUUCUCAAGCCAUCUUUUCCAUCAAAAGGGUCGUGCGACGCAUGGGUUUCCGUCUGUCUUGUUGUCCAGUGCAAAGGGCAAGGAGAGAGAGAAAGAGACCACGGAUACUGGACGGCAAGGAGGUUGUAUUCCUUUUCUUGCUCUUUAUCUUUCGGAUCUGGUCUUCAAUUCCGAACUGCCGUCGUAUGUAGAGCCAGCGGGUCCUGACAGUCAGCCUAUGGUGAACGUUCAUAAGCACCGUACGACGGCGACUAUCAUUAAGCGCAUCUUGACGUUCCGAACGAUGGCAGGAAGGUAUCCCUUUCGUCCUGAACCAAAAGUACGCGAGCAGUUGAUGGCGAUCGAGGGACUCGAGCGCGCAGAAUUAAUACGGCUAAGUAAUCUUUGCGAGGAGCGAGCCUCAGACGCUGCUCGGUGAUGGGAAGCCGUCGACAUUCGUAUACAGAUGAUGGUUUUCGUGAGGGAAGCAUACUUUUACGUAGAGUUGUAGCUGUAAGGUUAUUUACUACUAAUAAAUCGCG